AUGCCUCCCAAGGCCGCCGCCGAGAAGACGGGCAAGGUAUUCACUGCCGAUGUCGUCGCCGCCGUCCUCUGCAGCACUGGCACCACCAGCCUGUCCAACAAGAACUACGAAAUGAUGAGUGCGCUCGACGGCGUCAAGACUGCCAGUGGUUUCCAGCAUGACUUUCGUUCAGUACUCGCCAAGGCCAAGGAGCUCAAAGCGCGUCUCGAGUCUGGCGAGGAGUUCGAGCCGGUUCUGCCUGCUAGCAAGCGUGGUCAGACUACCCCGGUAACCCUAAAGGCAACCCCAAAGAAGAGGAAAGACAUGUCUUCCGGCUCUGAGGAUGCCACACCAUCCAAGAAAAAGACGGCAACUCCAAAGUCGCGCGGCAAGAAGAGUCAGACCCCCGUAGAGGAGACCAUGGAUGAAGGUUUCCCCGAUGAUGCUGAGGAGUUCAUCAAGUGCGAGAAGAAGUGGGAGGACGAGGUCUUCGCUUAAAGCGGUCAGGCUUGAGUUUGAGGAUAUGGACAGAAUGUGGCAUGGCAUGAAAAAGUUUGUGGUCUGCAGACU